UCCUGAAACCAGUCUUCAGGCAAUAUGGGAAGCAAGUUUAGCAAAAUAGCAGCCUGGUAUAACAAGCAUAUCAAGCAUGAGAGGGAACCCGCAAUCAAGCUCAUAGACCCUGUCUUUCACCACCAUAAAAUCAAAACCUACGGCAUUGAGCUGAGAGAUCCAGAGCUGCCCCUGGAGGACAGAGCCACAGCUGCAUUGUAUAUUGGACUUCUAACUUACACAGGUGGUGUCAAUGCUGCUUUGCUUGCAUCAGAAUACAUUCAGGAUAUGAUUAAUAUUUUGCUUAUGCCAGACACUUCUGGGGAAGUGAGGACCUAUGUAUUAAAAGGGUUGUGUGGCAUUUGCUACCUAAGCUACUUAAACCAAAAUGAAGCCAAAGACAGACAUCUUAUGGAAAUUCUCCUUGCUUAUCUGGAUGAAGAUGAAAACCCUGAAGAUGAUGACCCUCUAGAUAUAAUCACUAUGAAGCUCUGGGUUUGCUACCUUAUGACUGUUGUCUGCUGUAACAACAUCCCUUAUCUCAGGUUAUUUAAUGAAGUGGGUGGCCAAAAGCUACGUAAAAGUCUGGAGUCCCUGUCUAAGUUGGAAUGGUUUAGCUGGCCGCAAAACUAUGCCAAGUUAAUGCUAGCGCUUCUAGCCUACCAAGAACAGAUAAAAGAAUCACUAACAGGUAGAGCUAAGAAAUCCAGCUUACAAUAAAAGUGCCAGGUGAUAAAUGGUGUUUGGGGAAGUAUCCAGAAAUACUAAGUAAAUUAUUGGUUGGGGCUGACAUAUAGCAUACAUAUGUACUACACUUC